AGUUAAUAUCUCAUACUAGAUAUGGGAUAAAUAGUUAAGGACACAAGGCAUCAUAAUUAUACAGGCACUUAACUAGAGAUCACAUGGUACAUGAUGCAGACAUGUUUGGUUCUCAUUUCUUAGCUCUCGUUACAAGAAAAGAACAAGAGCAUUUCUUUGUCUACUCAUUGGACUAUGCACGUGCCCAUCUUGCAAAUGAUGCCAAGGCUGCAAAGAAAGGAGGCGAGAGACAGUUCAAUGGUAUGAUUGAUGUCUACAGAAAGACACUCGCUUCUGAUGGAGUUGCUGGACUGUACCGUGGAUUCAACAUUUCAUGUCUUGGUAUCAUUGUCUACCAUGGUUUGUACUUCGGGAUGUAUGACUCCUUGAAUCCCGUUCUCUUGACUGGAGGACUACAGCUUUGUUCUCGGGUGGCUGAAUACCAACGGUGCCGGUAUUUCCUCAUACCAAAUUGACACAGUCCGAAGAAGAAUGAUGAUGACCUCCGGUGAAGCUGUCAAGUACAAGAGCUCACUUGACGCAUUCUCCCUGAUUCUUAAGAACGAGGGUCCCAAAUCUCUUUUCAAAGGUGCUGGUGCUGACAUCCUUCGUGCCGUUGCUGGUGCUGAUGUGUUGUCUGGAUAUGAUAAACUUCAGAUGAUUGUUUCUGGAAAGAAAUACGGCUCUGGCGCUGCCUAAAUUCAGACCAAAUAUAGCAUCCUUUAGGAUUAGAUAUUGACGAAAAUCUUUCUGCAGUGCAAUAUGAGGAUUCUUUUGGAAAGGCAUUUUACCUUUUUUCCUCUUUUUCUUUUUUGAAUAAUUUGAAAAUUUUUCGGGAUCUUUAUGCAGAGUUUAUAUAUUGUCAUACUCAAAACUUUUGAUAUAAUUAAAAGAGACGGAUUUGACUA